AUGCAGGCGCAGGAAGGCUCCGCAGGCGGUAAUACUAUAUCCCAAGACGACGAAGACGACAAGCACAGGCUCGACGAAUCGAGCUUCGAAAGAUUCUGGUCGAAGGCAUGGAGCGAAGCUCUGAGGUUCAGAAAGAAGGAAUGGGGAUUCAAGACGAUGAAGCUGCGAAGCUCUGGAGGAGACGAAGUCGUGCAAGACAACUGGGGUGCAUUCAGCAAGGACAGAAAUGACGUAGAGUACCUACACGACCCUUUUAAGGACCUCCCGCUUUCAGAGGAGCCGUCGAUCUAUCGAGACCUAGCGAUAUAUGACCAAGCCCGAUUCUUGAUAGCACCUGUGGCUCGCCCGCCUGUCGUUGUCGGUGAAAUCAAGGUCGUGGUGUUCGACCUGUACGGAGUGAUCUUGGACCGCCAAGAGGGUUUGCGCCGUGCGCUACGCACGUUUCUUCCUCUAGAUACACACGAGCACGAUGUGGACAAGUUGGUAGGAAUUUACCUCGAAAUUGAAGCCCACCGCGUUCAUGGCGCCCCCGAUAUCUCCGGCAACAAGUUGGUCCAUGCGGUGCUUGACGACACGCUGCGCGCCGUCGGCUUGUGCCCCACAGACGACACUAUACAGAGCGCUCGUGAUGCUAUACUGCCAGUUCCUUACACCGACGUCUCUGAUGCCUUGAACACACUGCGUGCACGCGGCUAUCAACUGCUGUGUAUGUAC